GGAGGAUCAGUUCAAAUGGCAUAUGCUGUCUCAAGGAACACAGCCAAAAAUGCCCCAUUACUACCUCAAGGAGAGGAUCCUUACAUAAAGAAGCUAUAUGUGAAGGGCAAAAAUUACGAUCUCUAUGUUCACAGUUACUUGCGCUAUGGUACAGAAGCAUUUCGUGCAGAGGUUUUGGAGGUCACUGAUGGCUCUGCUAACCCUUGCAUUUUGGCUGGAUACGAAGGAAGCUAUACAUAUUCAGGAGUGGAGUAUGCAGUGUACCCUCCAAAGUCAGGGCCCAAUUAUGAUGCAUGCAGAGAGAUAGUCCUUGAGGCUCUCAAACUGAAGGCGCCAUGUUCUCAUCACAAUUGCUCAUUUGGUGGGGUAUGGGACGGUGGAAGAGGAAGUGGACAAAGAAUUAUUUAUGCUACUUCAUCCUUCUAUUAUCUGUCCAGAGACGUUGGUAUCGUUGAUCAAAAAUCUCCCAAUGCCAUUGUUCGUCCUGUGGAUCUUGAAAACUUGGUUAAGGGAGCUUGUGGAAAAACAUUUGAAGAUGCCAAAUCAAGUUAUCCACUUCUUUCUGAAGAAAGAGUUCCGUUUGUGUGCAUGGACAUUACGUACAUGUAUAUUGUUUUGUAG